UUUCGGAUAUACAGACUUUGGCAACCCUGUCUGAAGAUAUUUAUAAUUUUUACCUGCCAUCUCUGUUAUCAAGUCUAAUUUCUUUGAAAUCUUUCGAAAAUAGCACACCAAACAGGGGCAACAUGUUUGACCCCACUGAACAUGGUCUUCACCGGGAUUUCCGGUUGACCAAAUUUUCAACACUUCGUGGGUGAGGUUCGAAGAUUCCUCAAGAUGUUCUUAAUCGACUUCUUCGAGGAGUGUACAGCGAACAGUUUUUCAACAAAGUACAAACAAACGAAAAUUUAACUGAUAAGAACGAUGGGAACGAAACUGUUGAAAUUGGGCUCGAUUCAUCUGUAAUACCGCUGAAACACAAUUUAAAUUUAGUCCAGACUGUAGAUUUUUUCUAUCCUUUAAUCGAUGACCCAUACAUGUUAGGGAAAAUCGCAUUGGCCAAUGUGGUCAGCGAUUUGUAUGCUGUAGGAGUUUUGGAAAUAGACGAAAUCAGACUAAUCUGUUCAGCUCCUACUGAGUUCAGCGACGAGGAAAGAGACAUUGUGGUUCCGAUGAUUAUGAAAGGCUUUACGGAUGCAGCUCGCGAAGCUAAUGGUAAAGUUAAAAUUAGUAGUAUUGCCCUCAACCCAUGGUGUAUUAUUGGUGGUAUCGCGACUGCAGUUUGCCUCAAGACUGAAUUGAUAAUACCAUACAACGCACAAGUAGGAGAUUCAUUAAUCUUGACGAAACCUCUUGGAACUCAACUUGCCACAAAUGCCUUCAUCUGGAUGAGUGAAAAUUCUGAUAACUGGGCAAAACUGUCAAAACAAAUGACCGCAUCAGAAAUUAAAGCAUCAUUUGAUAUCGCCGUUGAAUCAAUGUCUCGUUUGAAUAAAUCAGGUGCUGAGCUGAUGCACAAAUAUGAGGCACACGCGGCUACCGACGUAACUGGAUUCGGACUUUAUGGCCACGCUGAUAAUUUGGUGAAAUAUCAGAAAGCGAGUAUUGACUUCGUGAUUGACACUUUACCGAUCAUCAGCAACGUAGUUGCGAUGGCGGAAAUACUCGGUAGAACCACAAAGUUGCUCUCCGGCACGGCAGUUGAAACAUCGGGAGGUUUGUUGAUAAGUCUACCGGCCUGUAAAUCAGCCCUAUUUUGUGAAGAGUAUGAAAGAAUGACUGGGCAUGGUGCUUGGGUUAUCGGACGGGUUGUUGAAGGCAGUCGGUCGGUUAAAAUAACUUCAAACCCAAAAAUUAUUGAUGCCUACUAGUCGUCGAACGAGCUCAAUCCGAAAACUAAAUUUUAAAUGCAGAACUUUUAUCUGCUUCGAAGAACGUAUGAAACGAAUUUUUAAAGGCUAAUCACUGGUAAAUUUGCGGAAGUUUUUCUUUGUCUCAGAAAUAGUUCUAAAAUUUAAAAUCGUUUUCGGAAUCAAUAUUUUUUUGCUAAUAAACAAUUAAAACAUGA